GUUCUCUUGCGUUUCGCGGCAAUGGCGGCGGCGACGGAAAAUGAAGACACUAUACUCGAUAACCAGCUUAAACCAGAUUCAGAACCGUCUCCAUCGGAAGAUAAACCUCUCUCCAAGAACGCUCAGAAGAAGCAACUAAGACAGCAAAGAUACGAAGCCAAAAAAGCAGAGAAGAAGGCGCAAGAGAAAGAGCACAAGAGGAAAGAAGGUGAGAGAAAGCAAAAGGAAUGGGAAGAGACGUUAGCGAACGUGACAGAGGAAGAGAGGCUGACGCUGAUCGAAUCAAGAAGGAAUCUAAGAAAGGAGAGAAUGGAGAAGAGGUCCGAGGAGAAAGAGAAGAAGAUGGAAAGGCUCACUAAAGCUAAAGAAAUCGGACAGAACAUUGUUAUAGAUGUUGAUUUUGCUCAUCUUAUGUCGGAAUCUGAGAUCUCCAGCCUCGUUCAGCAGAUAAUGUAUUGCUAUGCUGUGAAUGGGAGGAGCACCUCUCCUUGUCAUCUAUGGCUAACGGGAGUGCAAGGGGAGAUGAGUACUCAGCUUGAUAGGCUUCCAGGUUUUGAGAAAUGGUUUAUAGAGAAGGAGAGUAGGUGUUACAUUGAGGCUAUGGCUGAUAGGAAAGAGAGUUUGGUGUAUCUUACGGCUGACUCCGAGACUGUUUUGGAGGAUCUUGACCACAAGAGUGUCUAUAUAAUUGGUGGUUUAGUGGAUCGGAACAGGUUCAAAGGGAUCACUAUGAACAAAGCACAAGAACAAGGGAUUAAAACAGCUAAACUUCCUAUAGGAGAGUAUAUGAAAAUGUCUAGUUCUCAGGUUCUCACUGUGAACCAAGUUUUGGAGAUACUCGUCAAGUUUCUUGAGACGAGAGACUGGAAAACAUCUUUCUUUACUGUGAUUCCACGGAGGAAACGAAGUGGAGCUGAUCCUGUAGACUGUUCUAAAUCAGAAACUCUUUCUGAAGAGCAACAAGAGGAACAUGAUCUUCUGGAGAGGAAAAAGGUAUGCGUUGAAGUUCCUUUGGAGUAGCUAGAUGAAAGAUAAUGCAUGCUUCUAUUUCUGUAGCUGAGAAUUUGAAUUUGGAAUGUUUAAGUCCUUUUAUAUGUUUGAGUCAAGAUCAAAAUCAUGUUGUUUGGAACCUAAUUGUUUAUUGACACAGUUUAUCACAAGAAAGAUCAAAUGAAAAC